GCAAGAGGCGGGGACUGAUUAAGACUUGCAUUUACAGUAGCUCAGAUGCAUCGGGCAUAGACGUGACGAGUUACAUCCCCAGUCUCUGAACAGUUUUUUCUCCUGGGGGUCGAUGCAGAUAUUUUGUUUGGGUCAGUCAAAGUUGCCAAGUGACCCGACGUCAGAUAAAAUCGGUUCGACCGAGAGAAGAGGACACUGGACGCGAAGAAGCGUUUAGACAGUGUUUACGGAUGGAUGCUGAAUGGAUGUAACGUUGACGAAACACUUCACAGAUGAAUGUCAUGAGGUUGCAGCUGGGCGGGUCUUCAUCUGCUGGCUGAAAGUCAUUUUGUAAUCAGAUCAAUAUCUGCUGGGAUGCCUCAGACAUGAUGGGCCAUUAGGCUCCAAAGAGUCCUGCAUGAAAUCGCCUACUCUCUGCCUUGAAACCAUUUGACCAUCACAUGUGGCUUUAUGAGAGGAGCGUCACAGACUGAUUUUGGAUCAGAAUGAACUUUGCCUCUAGCUGUUUUGUAUCCAAACACAUUGUGCAUCAGUAGGAGUGCUGCACAUGCUCAGUCGGGCCUGUCUGGUGUUUUGUAGUAUCAGCAGGAAGCAGUCCUUCCUCCUCCUCCUCUCUUCUCCAGGAGCAUGCCCUCUGAGCCUCCUCCCAGCUCUCAGGACAUGCUGACAGGACAGAGGCUGUGUCAGUCCAAAUCCCACCAGGACUCUGUCCUCUCUGCCCUUAAUCAGCAGCGCAACGACGGACUGCUCUGCGAUGUCACCCUGGUCGCCGGGGAGCAGAAGUUCCAUGCUCACAAGGCAGUCCUGGCAGCCUGCAGUGAUUACUUCCGGGCCAUGUUCAGUCUGUGCAUGGUGGAGAGUGAGGCAGAUGAGGUAACUCUCCAGGGUGUGACUAGCGUGGGACUGAAGCACGCACUGGACUUCGCCUACACAGGCCAGAUCAUGCUGGAGCCAGGAGUGAUACAAGAUGUACUGUCUGCUGGAAGCCACCUUCAGCUGCUGGAACUGCUCAGCCUCUGUUCUCACUAUCUCAUUCAGGAGCUGAACAGUUUUAACUACCUGGACCUAUACAGGCUGGCAGACCUCUUCCACUUGCCGGCCCUAGAGGAAGCAGUGGUGGGCUUUCUGGUGGAUCACCUCUCUGAGCUGCAGAGGAACAGACAAGAGGAAGUGCUGCUCCUACCUUAUCGGCUCCUCAGGGAAGUGCUAAAAAGCGACCGCCUCACCUCCCUCAGUGAAGAGGAGAUAUGGCAGUUUCUGGUGCGUUGGCUGGAGCACGACUGCGGAUACCAGUACAUGGAGGAACUGCUGCAACACGUGCGCUAUGGCCUGAUGGAGGUCUCCGCCCUGCACUGUGUGGCCAACAGCCACCCCUUCCUCAACUCCAGCAGCACCGUCGCCGCCCUGGUGGAGGAGGCGUUGGACUACCACCGGUCCGUAUUUGCACAGCCUUUAUGUCAGACGGCACGGACCACACCCCGCUUUCAGUCAUUGACCCUGUAUAUCGUCGGCGGGCGCAAACGGGAGGUCAGCCGCGUACGGGAACUGCGGUUCUUCAACCCUUCCGUGCAAGAGCACUUACGCGUUGCCGGGGGUUCGAACUGGAGUGAGUUGGCACCUAUGCCUGCUGGACGAAGUCACCACUGUGUGGCUGUUAUGGGCAACUUCCUGUUCGUGGCCGGCGGGGAGGUGGAACACGCCACCGAACGGACGUGUGCGGUGAGGACGGCGUGCCGGUACGAUCCGAGGGUGAACCGCUGGACUGAUAUUGCACCGAUGAAGGCGUGCAGGGAGCACUUUGUGCUGGGAGCUCUGGGACAGUAUCUUUACGCCGUCGGGGGGAGGAACGAACUGAGGCAGGUUCUGCCCAGUGUGGAGCGCUACUGUCCCAAGAGAAACAAGUGGACCUAUGUGCAACCGUUUGACCGCUCGCUGUCCUGUCAUGCAGGUUGUGUGGCGGACGGGCUGCUCUGGGUCUCAGGUGGUGUCACUAACACAGCUCAGUACCAGAAUCGACUGAUGGUGUAUGACCCAGGACAGAAUCAGUGGUUAGCACGCAGUCCCAUGUUGCAGAGGAGGGUGUACCAUGUGAUGGUGGCAGUAAAAAGGCAGCUGUAUGUGCUGGGGGGGAACGAUCUGGACUACAACAAUGACCGCAUCCUGGUUAGACACAUUGACUCUUACGACAUAGACAUGGACCAGUGGACACGCUGCACAUUCAGUCUCCUCACAGGCCAAAAUGAGGCAGGAGUGUCUGUCCAUGAUGACAGAAUCUAUGUGGUUGGUGGAUAUUCAAUCUGGACAAAUGAACCACUUGCCUGCAUUCAGGUGCUAGAUGUGAGCACCAAGGGGAAAGAGGAGGUUUUUUACGGGCCGACGCUCCCAUUUGCUUCGAAUGGAGUGGCGACAUGUUUCUUGCCUGCACCGUACUUCACCUGCCCCAACCUGCAGACCCUACAAGUGCCACAUCACAGGAUAGGAGCUCUCUAACCUCUCCGCUCAUAACUCAAGCACAUUCCCACAAACACACUAUGAACCAAUGAAAUCAUGUGAGAGCUUAUUGUACUUCCACAAAUUGUGACUGGUGGAUGAAACUGUCGUUGAUCAUAUAUUGAUCUCGUAGAGCCAGUGUUCUGAUGGAUGUGGAAACCUUCGAAAAGAAGUUUAAAGAGUUUUUUAUUGUCAAGCUUCACUGACAUUCAUGCAUUUCUGAACUGGAUGUGCUGUGGUGCUGCACCAUGCUAAUACAGUUUAACAAGCAGCGUGUAAAUCUGUCAGAAUGAUUAAGAGCCACUUCUUGGCCCAGUCCCAAAUGGUGCACUUGAUGUGAACCUGUGGUCCGUCAAGUACACAAGAUUGCAGGUUGUCCCAUUUAUCAUUUUAACAUAAAAAGGGUGUUCAUACCUCACAGUGAACUUUACUCAACAAUCCAUGCAGAAUUAAAUCAAAAGAAAUACGCAAGAGUGGCAUUUGGGACAUGGCCGAAGUGUUAAGGACCUGUUUUCAUAGAUUCUUAGACUCCAUCCACUCUCCAUUCAGACCUUAAUGUUCUGCUGCUUUUAUCCACAUGUCAUUUCUCAGCCUGUGACAAACUGUACUUUUAUCAAAACUCAGGAUGAAGACCAUACAAUUGUUUACUGAAUGUGUAUGACCACAGCUGGCGACAAAUGCACACACAGCAUCUUCACAAUCUGCAUCAAUGGUGGCAUCUUGACUGUUCUCCAUCCCACCACCAGAAACCCAUUCCAUAAGAAAACAUGUAAGGGCACACUUUUUUUUUUACAUAAUGCCUCUAA